GACUCUAGAUCAGAGUUGUUGCAGAGCAUGCCACCAGUGGGAAACAAUCGCAUGGAAGAAAUGUAUUUGUUAUUUUCACAAAUAUACUUUAUAGGCCAGGCUUUCAGCCUAUUUUUUAGUAGUUAACUGCUUCUGAAACAUUGGGUUUCUAAUUGUGAGCUCAUUUGGACACCAUUGUGUUUUUUUUUUUGUUUUUUUUUAUUCUACUUUUAUCAUCCCCCCUUGUGGCAAAAACGUUGAUUCUGGAGCUUGGUUGUCCUGCUGGAAGGAUGACGCUGAAGAUGAUGUCCGUCACUCCGCUUCCUUGUGAAAACUUGCUCUAAAGUUCUCUAUAUGGCGUUUCAAAAUGACAAACCUGAGGAACGAGACCGACUAUGGGCUGUAUUUUGCCGAAGCGCUCAAUGAAUCUGCCCUGGAGCACGUAUUUCCAAAUGACAGCAAGAAUCCACCAUGCAAGAACUUCACGGUGGACUCGCAGGUUGUCGGGGUCGGGAUCUUUCUCUCCGUCUUUAUUCUCGUGGCAAUCGUUGGGAAUAUCUUGGUCAUCCUGUCUGUGGUGUGCAAUAAGCACUUACAGACUGUCACCAAUAUUUUCAUCGUCAACUUGGCCAUAGCGGACCUCCUGCUCAGCAUUAUCGUGCUGCCCUUCUCCGCAUCUUUAGAAGUGCUCGGGUGCUGGGUGUUCGGCCGGAUUUUCUGCAACAUCUGGGCAGCUGUGGAUGUUCUGUGCUGCACAGCCUCCAUCCUCAGCCUCUGCAGCAUCUCCAUAGACCGCUACAUCGGGGUCAAAUACUGCCUCAAAUACCCCAGUAUCAUGACGGAGAAGAGGGCGGUGUAUAUUUUGGUGCUGGUGUGGGUCUCGUCCACGGUGAUCUCCGUGGGGCCGCUGCUCGGGUGGAAGGAGCCGCCGCCGGUGGACGAGAGCGUGUGCAGCAUCACGGAGGAGCCCGGAUACGCGCUCUUCUCCUCGCUCUUCUCCUUCUACCUGCCGCUGCUGGUCAUUCUCUUCAUGUACUUUCGCGUGUACGUGGUGGCCCGCAGGACUACCAAGAGCCUGGAGGCGGGCGUGAAGCGGGAGAGGAACAAGUCGGUGGAAGUUGUGCUGCGCAUCCACUGCCGCAGCGUGCUGGAGGGCGCGCGUCCCGCCGCGCGCCCCGCCGGCUCCAAGAGCCACCCGUUCCGGAGCUCGCUCUCCGUGCGCCUCAUGAAGUUCUCCCGGGAGAAAAAGGCUGCUAAAACUCUCGCCAUCGUGGUGGGGAUGUUCAUUCUGUGCUGGCUGCCCUUUUUCUUCUUUCUGCCAAUGGGCUCCUUCUUCCCGGCACUGAAACCAUCUGAAACUGUGUUCAAGGUGAUCUUUUGGCUGGGAUACUUCAAUAGCUGCAUCAAUCCAAUGAUCUACCCCUGCUCCAGCAAAGAAUUCCAGCGGGCCUUCACUCGGCUCCUCAGAUGCCAGUGUAACAAAAAACGGAGGGUCCUGCGUCGCUUCUAUGACCAGCGGUGGCGGACAGCGGUGAAGGGCAUGACGAGGGAGCAGAGGGGAAACUAUACACCUGGGUACGCCGUGCAUGAGCCCUGCGGCAGUGCCUUUGUGCAGAAGAGGAAAGGAUGUUCGCUUGGUUUCAAGCGAUGGACCCUUUUUCCACCCCUGCAAAAGUCGUCCUUCCAGUUCAAAGAAAAAGUGAACAAUCUGUCUAAUAAAUUCAAGGGAGGAACAGGAAAAGGCACCACACCUGGAAUGGGCCGGACUGAUACAGUAGACACAGUCUCCAUGGGGAUUUACAACUCAUGUGAGCAGAGCAGUUAUCAGUUUUACGAUCUGGCAGAAUGUCAUGGCCUAAAAGAGACUGACAUUUGAGCGUCCCUGGAGAGUCUUUUAUUUAUUUUGUAAGAGCCGUACUGGACCAACAUGCAGAAAAGACUGUCAUAGAGCACAAUUCAGUGCUCGGAAAAUGUCUGGAAUCAAAUCUUGACUGAGGCUGAGACUAAUGACUUGAUCCCACCACAAAACUUGAUCUAAAUCCUUUGUGGAGAGAUGAAACGUCUUAAACUGCUUAAAGCCAAGUUUUGGAGGUGGACACAUCAGUGGCAAAACUGUUGGACUUACUCUUGACAUUUUUAGGCUGCAUGCUUCAUCAUUACACAACCCAUGUCUUCAGAUAAGACAUUUAUCAAAAAAAAAAUGAGGAACAUUAUUAUUGUUAACUUGUAUUUUGAUAGAUUUUAUACGGCGUCCAUGUCUUUGAUUAUUAGCCAGCUUACACUGUAUGAUGACGGUGAAGGACUUGUUUUAUAUAUAUUUUUGAUUGUUAAAAAAAACACACAACUGUACUGAAACAAGUCUUCAAAAGCUACAUUAAAGGAGUCAUAAGUGCAAUUUUUCAUUGAUUUAAAUGUCAAAAUAUUAAUGUGGUUUAUGACCAUUCAUUUGCUACAGUUCUGUUUUGACAAGGCGUCGUAAAGAUGCAAGGCCAGCAAGGAAUAGAAAUGUCCUUUGUCACAGGAUAACCUGGCAUUAAAUUUGCAAUGCAAAAUGUGUGCCAGUGUGUAAUGUAUGUGCUCUGAUUUUUAUUUUUGAUGUUGCUUUUAUGCCUGAGUAAAAAUAAUAAUAAUACAUUUGUGAAUAUAAUGCUGUUGUUUGUUGGCGUUGCAGUAAAGCCUCAUCCAGAAGGUGUCGCUGUUGUUUUACCUCCGCCCCUUUUUCAGAAAAAAUAAAAGAACCCAUCAGUAUCUUUGUUAACGAAGCUGAACGCUGGCAAACGGUGGCAAACAUAUAAUAAAU